ACCAGGGCGCCGGGCGGCGGGCGGCGCGAGGCGGGGCGCCCCGGAGGUCCCGGGAUGGCCGCCACCUGGGCCUCCCCCACCGAGGAGCGGCGGGGCACCCCGGGAGGGCCGCGUGUGCAGUGAGGGAAACCGAGGCCCAGGGGAAGGGGACCCCCCCCCAAGGUGACACCAGGAGCCCAGCCUCCCGGCUCCGCCGCCGCCGCCGCGGCCCCUGGGAAGGUGGAAGUUCACAGGUGGGCAGUUGGAGGCCUCCGAUUCUUAAGUGACUUGCCCAAGGUCACACAGCUUGACAGACGACCACAAAGUUGCACCAUCUGCCCUUCGGUCCCUGCCGCCGCCCCGUUAAAUGGCUGAUAAGCAGAUCAGUUUACCAGCCAAACUGAUCAAUGGAGGCAUCGCGGGGCUCAUCGGGGUCACCUGCGUGUUCCCCAUCGACCUGGCCAAGACGCGGCUGCAGAACCAGCAGAACGGGCAGCGCAUCUACAGCAGCAUGUCCGACUGCCUCGUCAAGACCAUCCGCUCAGAGGGCUACUUCGGCAUGUACAGAGGGGCCGCCGUGAACCUGACCCUGGUCACCCCCGAGAAGGCCAUCAAGCUGGCCGCCAACGACUUCUUCCGCCACCACCUCGCCCAGGACGGGCAGAAGCUGACGCUGCUGAGGGAGAUGCUGGCGGGCUGCGGGGCGGGCACGUGCCAGGUCAUCGUCACCACCCCCAUGGAGAUGCUCAAGAUCCAGCUGCAGGACGCGGGGCGCCUGGCGGCUCAGAAGAAGAUGCUCGAGACCCAGGCCAGCCUCUCGGCCCCCGGGGCCGCCCCGUCGGUGCUGGGCUCCUCGGCCGCCCCCGCCCGGCCCACGGCCACCCAGCUGACCCGAGAGCUGUGGAGAAGCAAGGGCGUCGCGGGGCUCUACAAGGGGCUGGGUGCCACGCUGCUCAGGGACGUCCCCUUCUCCAUCGUCUACUUCCCCCUCUUUGCCAACCUGGACGCGCUGGGCCGCCCGGCGCCGGGAGAGAAGGCGCCCUUCUACGUGUCCUUCCUGGCGGGCUGCGUGGCCGGGAGCACGGCCGCCGUGGCCGUCAACCCCUGCGACGUGGUCAAGACCCGCCUCCAGUCCCUGCAGCGGGGCGUCCAUGAGGACACGUACUCGGGAUUCCUGGACUGUGCCAGGAAGAUUCUGAGGAACGAAGGCCCCUCGGCCUUCCUCAAGGGCGCCUACUGCCGGGCCCUGGUCAUCGCCCCCCUCUUCGGCAUCGCCCAAGUGGUCUACUUUGUGGGCAUCGGCGAGGCCCUGCUGGGGCUGCUCCCGGGCCGUCACGACUGAGCCCGUCCAGCUCCCGGCCCAGCCCCAGCCCCCCCCCAGGAGACCCCCACCUUAGAGCAGCAGGAGCACCUUGGCAGGAGAGACCCGAGUGCAAGGGGCGACCCACAUGUUGCCCCGAGUGUCCCUGGCACAGGGCGGGUGGCAGAGCCCUUCCCCCUCCUACCGUGACUGGGAUCAAUUUUUUAUUUAUGCAGAAGCUGGAGACAAGACAUUCCUCAGUCCCCGCCCCAGCCCAGGCUGGGGGGGGCCUCCAAGGCCUCGGGGGUCUUCUCGCCUUCCCCCUCUCUGAGCUGGCCUCAGGCUGAGGGGGGGACUGGUUAUGGCCUCAGGCCCAGGCACAAUCCUAUUUAUUCACCAUGCCCAGAGCCCCGAGUGCGAGUGGCAUAGACUGUGGGGAUGGGGGUGGGCCUGGCACUACCCCUGAGAAAGCGCCCCAUCUGUCUGUCCGUCCAUAGCCAUGCUGUCGGGGGCCCCUGCCGAUCUCAGAGCUAUCUGGCCGCUCUGCGGAGCCCGGCUCACCUCCCUCCUGACUCUGGAGCAGCCUUCAGGGCCUCUCUGGGCACGGGAGGGGAUCUUAUCCCGGGGUGCCCGCCUGAGGGUGGCACUGUAGAGGGCAGGCACAGACCUUCCCUGUGCUCCGGGGGGCCAAGUGUUGUUUCUGUAUGGAGUCCUGUGUGCCGUCAGCUUCUUUUGUGUCUGACUAGUCGUGUGUGUGCGUGUGUGUCAGGAAGCAGGAAACGUCCCAGGAUCCGCAAGGUGGGGCGUCUGGCCCCCCUGACCCUCCCUCUGCCCCCACCCACUAAUCCCACUAGUUUAGGUGGUCCCCCGACCUGAGGGAGGGAGUCUCAGUGACACUAACCAUGCUGGGAGGCUGCCUGUGGGAGCCUGAGCCACUCUUGGCCCUCCUUGCCCGCCGGUUGUGGAUUCGAAUCCUGGACAGGCCUGUACUUUCCAAAGCUGCUGCUUACAGAAGUAUUUUUUUUUCCUUUCUGAACAAGAGUUUUAAAGGUUGUCAUUUUUGUGUCUUGUCCUGUGAGAGAAUAAAGAAAUAUUCUAAAUAGA